UAAACAAGUAGUGUACACAAAAUACACCUAAUACACCCAACACAAAAAUACUAUACAUACAAACUACGUAAUAUCCCCUUCCUUCUCGGAAAAAAAAAAAAAAAGAUUAAACACUUACCAUUGCAUUAAUUUUUAAGAGUUUUGAAUUGAAAAGUGUAAAUCAAGAUGCCGCGACACAGACCCACAAAGAAAGUAGAUGUCCUGGGAAACCUCGAUCUGAGGCCGGAAGAGGCGGUGGGUGAUUACCUCUGCUCCAAGCAGCAGGAGAAGUUCUUUGUCAUCCCUCCCAACUCGGACUCCGCCGGGGACUCUAUCGAGUUGAUAUUCGUGAACAAUGUCCGGGAACAUGAUGCCAUGAUCCAGUUGCAGGCCGAGAUGCUGGCCAACGCCAAGAGGCAGACCAAGGUGAACUCGACGCGUGUGCGGAACAUGUACAAGAUGCAGGAGCGGUUGCGGAAGCGUUUCAUCGAAGUGAACUCCUUCAUCAAGGACUGCGUGGACAAGAAGCAGGCGGCCGAGAAGAUCACCUCCGAGGAGAAGAUCUACCACAGAGAGCUGGGCGAGGGCAUUGAGAGUUUCACGAGAUCGAUCGGUGAGCUGAAGGCCUUUCGAGAAGCUCUCAAGGCCACCGUCCAGGAGUUCCAGCCCUACGAAAAGGUCCUCGACGAGGUGGUGAAAAGCUCCCUUAUGUUUGAGAGCCAGCAGGACUGCAUCGACCGUUGUGAUGCCUUAAUGCUGGCCCAGGUGGAGAUCAGUCAGUUGGGUCAACAGAAGCUCGGAGAAAUCGAGGAUAUGCGUAAGCGGAUGUUGAAGCUCACGAAUGAAGCAGCUCUGACCGUUUUGGGUCUCAAAAACGACCUCUCCAGGCUCGAGAGGUCCUACAACGAGUUCAGGGUUCUGGGCCAGAAGUGGGAGAAGAUUCUGGCCAGGGGCAAGUUGGCCAUAUCGGCCAACUACAUGAACAAGUACCGCACCGUGGAUGCCGUCAGUACCUUGUUCAGAAUGCUCUGUCGCCGAGGAGACAUGGCUGGAAAGUCGUUGCGCAAUGAGUUUGAAACACAAAUAGAUAUCAUCAGAGAAGAGGUGGAGAUUCUGAGCGGCGUCUUGAAGAUAAUGGAGGCAAACGACAGUGCUGCCAAGCUCGAAGAAGCUAGAGACAAGACCCUCUGCUAAUAGCAAAAUUUUAAGUAUUUGGAAGCAAAGUUCAAAUUGUAGAAUUCAUAUUUUAUUGAAACAGCCAAUAAUUUGUAGUAAUUAAACUUCAAAUUUAGGUCGAUCUUAGCUUAUGAGCAGAAUCAUAA